AUGGCAAACAACAGCUUGAACAACAGCUCGGUUAUCAGUGGUAAUCAGUCUGAAAGAUUAUUGAGUAAGGAGAUUAUUUUUGCUCAAGUGUUGAUUGGAGUUUUUCUCUGCAUCAACUUUUUUUUUAUCUCAACUUUUUUCAGGAAAGAUGUUUUUUAUACAUCUAUGCGUUACAUCUUGUUUGCUGAGACUCUGCUGUCUGACUGUCUGUUUUUAAUAUUGGCAAGUGUUACACUGUUAUUGGGCUAUUUUCGUUUUACCUUGCCAGUGUGGUUGUGCAUUAUUCUGUUUGUUCUUUCAUCUCUUUAUUCAUAUGUGACUCCUGUCACCCUCACAGCAAUGACAUUGGAGCGCUAUGUGGCCAUAUGCAUGCCCUUGCGACAUGCAGAGCUGUGCACACCGCAUGGUGCUCUGCAGCUCAUCCUCGUCAUUCACAGCAUCAGCGCUGUUCCCUGCACUAUUAAUCUUGCAAUUUUCUAUUCUGCAGCGUCUCCUACCAUUUAUACCCAGAGGGCAAUUUGUUAUGGGGAGAUGUUCGUGUUGUUCACUUGGCAGGGCCAUUUCAGAUCAGCUAUAAGUCAGUUGUACUGUUUUAUAAUGUUCACAAUCAUUGUUUUCUCCUACAUUAAGAUCAUGAAAGUGGCCAAAACUGCUUCAGGAGAGAAUAAAAAGUCAACAUGGAAAGGACUCAGAACUGUAAUUCUUCAUGGAUUUCAGCUGAUGCUUAGCUUAAUCCAGAUGUGGAGUGUUUUCACAGAAGCUGCUGCUCUUAAGGUUAGUCCAGUGCUGUAUAAUUACAUUAGAUACUUUAACUACGUCACGUUUUUUCUUACCCCUAGAUGUUUAAGUCCACUCAUCUAUGGCCUUAGAGAUGAAUUAUUUUCUCUAGCAUUGAAGUCUUAUGCGAGUUGUGGCUUAUAUAGAAAAUGAUACCUAUGCCAUCAUGUGUUUUUGUUUAUGUCUUUAUGCUUAUGAGUUUCUUGAUUUGUUGACAUGUUCUAUUUGAGACCAUAUGUGGAGAGACCGAGAUGAAAAAUGUUAUUUAUUGUCAUAAAUACAUAUGAUUGAGUCAUUUCCAAACAUUUGGUUACACUUUAUAAUAAUAAAUUAUUUUCAUUAAUUAUCAUUACACGCUUCCAUGUGUGUUUGCUUACAUAAUUAUCAGAGCUGCAUAAUGAUCAGAAAUGAAAAUGGAUGACCGGGAAAAUUCUUUUUACUUGAAGUUAAACUUACAGGCAGAGCAGAAUUGUGGAAAAAAAAGUGUAUUAUAGUAAAAAAAGAAAAAGGAAAAAAAAAGAAAUUAACUUGUUAACUUGACAUAAAAGUGGGCCUCUAAAACAGAAAAAAA